GAGAUGGGGGUGUGGCACUCGCGGGCGGGGGACUACCUGGGGUCGAAGGCUAGCUUCGCAGAGGCCGUGAGGCUAAAACCAGCGCGAGCAGACGCGUGGUCGAACCUGGGGGUUGUCAACCACCACAUGGGAAGGUUCCAGGAGGCCCUGGCGGCAUACCUGACGAGCAUUAAGAUGCAGCCGAUGUAUGUGGCGAGCUACUUCAACAUGGGGAAGGUGAAGCAGGAGCUGGGAGACGCGGUGGGAGCCGUCGAAGCGUUCGAGGAGGCGGUCAGGAUCCGACCGACGUACUUCGAGGCGUACGCGUCCUGGGGAGGGGCGAUGACGCCGUUCAGGAGGUGGAGGAGAGCGAGCGAGAUUCUGCGAGAGUCCUUGAAGCUCCAACCUCAGUCAGCGGAGGCCCUCUAC